CUUCAAACAUCAGAAUAGAGGGAAAAUGUGAUCUUAAUCAUGGGUGUUAAAUGUAUUCAGGCUGGUUUAAAUAUUUUAGAAAGUUUCCUGGAGGUGUUACAAUAUAUAUAUAUACAUAUAUAUAUAUAUAUAUAUAUAUAUAUAUAUAUAAUGAGAUUGCCAUUAACAUCGUCUUGAAUCCUCUUCAAAUGGAUUCUAUGCAUUUCCAAUGUGUUUCCAACUAACCAUCUAGACGAAGUCCCACUAGGAAUCCAUCUGUUUAUUUUCUACCCUGUGGGAUGCUCAGUUGUUUGGGCCUUGACGUAGCAUGAGCAGACCACCUGACUACAGUAGUGUGAGUGUGCUGAAUAUCUGUACACAAGCAGAAGCCUGUCGAACUCUUCUUGGCUACUUCCUGCUCUCAGCUCUUGCAUAUUUUACCUCAGUACAAACUGCUCUGUGGCUCCUGCAUCAGGAUACAUCACACCACUCCUGCUGAACAUUUUACUCCUUGUGACUACACAAUGUGUCCAUGGUGUCCUUCAUAGUUUUAGCUGGUGGGAGUGGUGUGAAGGCUGGCUUUUACUGGAUUCCUUCUUCUGAACACAGCUCUUUUACCCUGAACCCCUACUCCAUUCCUACCAUAUUAACCAUGAAGAGAAAUUCAAGUAUCUGGGCACUGCUCUUAGUUUUGUGUGGCCUGCUGCCUUUAGACACACAGGCUGGACGACAGAUGCCAAAACUCUCAGAUAAGAAGCUGUGUGCUGAUGCAGAAUGUAGUCAUCCUAUUCUUAUUGCCAGAGCUAUCCAGGAUUAUUAUCCUCAGGACUGUCGCUUCAUUCCCAUCCACCAAGGCCAACUUGUCUAUGUCUACGCCAUGCUAAAGGACCAAGGCAACCUCUUUUGGUCGGGCAGUGUCCAGGGAUCGUACUACGGCGAGCAGGAAGCUCGGCUCGGCCAUUUCCCCAGCAGCAUCGUCGAAGAGACCCAUGCUCUGAUGCCGGCGGAGGUGGAGGUCAAAACAAAUAAAUGGGACUUCUACUGCCCCUGAGCUGCUGCCAUCCUCCACCCUCUUUUCUUGCACUAGUCAUGCUAUAGAUUUUUUUUUUUAACCAGCUUUAUUAAACACACAUUAUUAAAAAAGUGAUGAUUACGCUUCAUUAAAAGUAGCUACACCAUUUAUAUAGUUUAAUAUCAAAUAAAAAACGAAGUACUCAUUAUGA